AAUAAUGCAACCCCCAUAAACUCGAAUGUUGUGUUUAGUGGACAGAGAACAGUGGCGGAUCUACGUACAGGCACCCCCGGGCACGUGCCCCACCUGAAUUUAAAAAAAAAUUCGAAAACAGGGGCUUGUUAGUAAUAGUAUUACUCAAUUCUCUCUCUUUCACUCUAACCCUCAAAACUCUAGACAACUCUUCCUCCACCUCCACUGUCGCUGCCGCACUCCCGUACCACGCCACCGCCGGCUGCUGCUCCAUCACAGACGCCUUCCGCCGCUGCUGCCUGGUGCUUUGAGCCUUUGACGUUGUCGGUGCUGCACUGCCGCUGUGGGUUGUUCGAAUCGAACACAGUCGAACACUCGAACUCGAAGGUUGACAAACCCUAAUCCCUAAAAAUCGGAAUUUUUGAUUUUGUUUAAGCCGCCUACCGUCUACACCUGCCGUCCCCUCCUGCCGCUUGUGGCUGCCUAGUGGCUGGUUCGGUGGUUCCUAUUUCACAUUCAUUAACAAAAACCCAAAAAAUCAAAAUUUUGAUUUUUAAGUUGGUGACUUGGUGCUUGAUAUGAGGAUUGUGGGACUAACAGGAGGAAUUUCAUCUGGGAAGAGCACUAUUUCAAACCUCUUCAAAGCUCAUGGAAUUCCCAUUGUUGAUGCUGAUAUUGUUGCUCGGGAUGCAUUGAAAAAAGGCACUGGAGGAUGGAAGAAGGUUGUGGAAGCAUUUGGGAACGACAUUCUACAGCCUGAUGGGGAAGUAGAUAGGCCUCAGCUGGGACGUAUUGUAUUCUCCAAUCCCGAUAGGCGCCAACUACUCAACAGGUUAUUGGCCCCUUAUAUUUCUUCGGGCAUUGUCAAAGAAAUAAUGAAGUUGUGGUUGAAGGGCCACAAGGUUAUUGUUCUUGACAUCCCCCUAUUGUUCGAGGCUAAAAUGGACAAAUGGACAAAGCCAAUUAUUGUUGUAUGGGUUGAUCGCGAGACACAACUAAAAAGAUUGGUUUCUAGAGACCGAAUAUCAGAUGAAGAAGCUUACAACAAAAUAAACGCUCAAAUGUCCCUGGAUACAAAGAAAACUAAAGCAGACAUUGUGAUUGAUAAUACAGGAUCACUUGAUGACUUAAACGAACAAUUUCAGAAGGUACUCCGUGUAGUCACCCAGCCGUUGACAUGGAGAGAGUUCAUGCUAUGCAGGCAAGGAGCCUUUUAUGCUCUUGCAAUUGUUUUUUUAGGUGUGUUUAUGGCCAACAGAAUUUCAAAAUGUAAUGGAUUGUAACCUUACUGUGAUGUUUGUUUUGCAAAUAAUUACUUGUUUUGGUACUUACAAUGACUGAAAGAUGUAAAAUAAAUAGAGUCUGAAAACUUA